AUGGCAUCAGAGCGCCGAAUCAAGUCGCUCAAGCUUCGACUACGCAGCAUUGAGACAUCCUUCAACCUCAUAAGGGUGUUUGUCGACCAUUAUCAAGAGGACACCCAGUCGAUGGAAGUUCCCGUCCGGCUGGAGAACCUUGGAGUCCUUUGGGCGGACUUCGGUAAAACCCAGGCCGAACUAGAGGCGGCCGAUGUAGAGGAUCCGACUGUCAUCGAGCUGCAACUAAAACAACGGGCACAAUUUGAGACGGAAUAUUACCGGGUUAAAGGUUUUCUUCUGUCCGUCAAUAAAAAUUCAGCGUCAUCGUACUCUCAAUCAUCUCAGUCAAGUGUGCACUUCCCUACUUCUUCUCAGAUUCGUCUGCCUGAUGUGAAGCUCCCAGUGUUUAAUGGCACGCUAGAAAAUUGGUUAAAUUUCCACGAUCUUUUCAUCUCGUUAGUGCAUUCCUCCAGUAAGUUAUCAAACAUUCAGAAAUUCUAUUACUUACGAUCGUCGUUAACUGGAGAUGCACUGAAACUGAUUCAGACAAUUACUAUAAGCGCCAACAAUUACCCUGUUGCCUGGAAUUUAUUGAUAGACCAUUUUCAAAAUCCGUCACGCCUGAAACAAGCGUACGUCGAUUCACUUUUCGAAUUUGUGCCGUUAAGAAAAGAGUCCGCAUCCGAUCUACAUUCACUGGUUGAGAGAUUCGAGGCCAAUGUUCGCAUUCUGAAGCAGUUGGGGGAAAAAACGGAGUUUUGGGACGUUCUGUUGAUUCGCAUGUUAAGUAUUCGCCUCGAUCCAACAACACGGAGAGAUUGGGAGGAAUUCUCAACGAACCAUGAAGCCAUCACCUUCCCAGAUCUAGUUAGUUUUCUCCAACGACGAGUCACCGUUCUUCAAAGCGUAGGCAACGUGCACCUAGACACUUCAUCCAUUCCGGCUUCAAAGAAACCUGGCACUCGAUCAACUAUCAUCAGCAAUGGUGCUACUCAGUUCUCGUCCCGUCAAUGCUAUGCCUGCUCGGAACAUCACCCCUUAUACCAAUGCCCUACAUUCUCCAAGAUGACCAUCGAAGACAAGGACAAGCUCGUACGACGUCAACAACUCUGUCGGAAUUGUUUGCGAAAGGGUCAUCAAUCAAGAACCUGCCAAUCAAAAAGUUCCUGCCGCAAAUGUCGAGGUCGUCAUCAUAGCCAACUGUGCAGUCAGGACACUGCUCAGGCCGAAGUCAACAAACCGAAAGCUGAGGUGACUGUUCCUAGAGAUCCCAAUCAUGUCGUCGGAGAAUGUUCAUCGUUAUCAGCAGCAGUCGGAACUCCCCUCAAGAAGGGCCACCUCAAAAGGGUGCUCCUUGCAACGGCCGUGAUCCAGCUCAUCGAUGAUCAAGGUACCACUCAUCUAGCACGAGCGCUUCUCGAUUCGGGUAGUGAAUGCAGCUUCAUUACCGAUGCGUUGUCUCAGCGACUAAAGUCUCGUCGAACCAAAGUGAAUUUAUCCAUUUCUGGGAUCGGCCAGUCAUCCACCCACGCUAGAUGCAAACUUCGCACCACCAUACUUUCCCGUGUCACCACCUUCUCGACCAUCGUAGAGCUGUUAGUGUUGCCUAAACUCACCUUAAAUUUGCCAUCUGCCUCACUAGACAUCUCGCAAUGGAAUCUACCGCAUGAAAUAAAGCUAGCUGACCCUAAUUUCUACCAAGCCAAUCCAAUCGACGUCGUCCUAGGUGCAGAAAUCUUUUUCGACUUGUUCAAGCCUUCGGGAAGAAUCCCUCUUGGUGAUUCAUUGCCUGUUCUUGUCAACUCCGCUCUUGGAUGGGUAGUUUCGGGAAAGGUCACAAACUUCAACGCGGUCAACCCUGUGGUAUCCAACCUUGCAACCGUAGCAGAGGUUUAUCAGCUCAUGCAGCGAUUCUGGACCAUCGAAGAAGAAGAUUCAGCCCCUUGUGUGUCGGUGGAAGAAGCAGCCUGCGAGCAACACUUUGUUCGAACCGUCCGACGUAAUCCAGAAGGUCGCUACGUAGUGCGACUGCCCCUCAAAGAAUCCGUAUCCAGCAUUGGCGACAAUUGUAACAUUGCUCUACGUCGAUUCCACAUGAUAGAAUCUCGCUUGAAACGAGACAAGGAUCUACGAGCUGAGUAUCAGGAUUUCAUGACACAAUACGCCGCCCUCGGUCACAUGCAACGAGUAGACCAUACUUCUCAUUCCAUCCCGCAGUACUACCUCCCCCAUCACGCAGUUAUUCGAGAAGAAAGUUCUACGACAAAAGUGCGAGUUGUCUUUGACGCCUCCUGCAAAUCGGUGACUGGGAAAUCGUUGAACGACGUACUUAUGGUUGGCGCAGUCAUCCAAGACGACCUGCGAGCCAUUAUCUUACGAACUCGAAUCAAUGCCAUUUUGCUUAUCGCCGACAUCAAACAGAUGUAUCGGCAGAUCCUGGUAGACGAACGUGAUACGCCUCUUCAACGAAUCCUCUGGCGAAACUCACCCGACGAACCCAUCAGCACUUUUGAGUUGAGAACUGUGACGUACGGUACUGCUAGCGCACCUUUUCUAGCUACUAGGACACUACAACAACUGGCAGACGAUGAAAUGGCGGAUUUUCCAGUGGGUGCAGCAGUUCUCAAAAGAGAUGUCUAUGUCGACGACCUAGUGACCAGCGGCAAGACUCCCGAAGAGCUGAUAGAAGUGCGGAAUCAACUCGAUCAGAUGUGCAGGCGUGGAGGUUUCGAGUUUCGCAAAUUCGCGUCAAAUAUGGAAACUGUUUUGGAGGGCAUACCUUCCGAAAGACGGGCGCUGCAGUCUUCAGUUGAGCUGGCUGCUGAUCAGUGCAUCAAGACCUUGGGAUUGCACUGGGAGCCAGCUUCGGACCACUUUCGCUUCCAAAUAAAUCUACCCAAACAAUCGCAAUCCACUCAAAUCAGCAAGAGAUUGGCCCUUUCUCAGAUCGCGCAGCUCUUCGAUUCUUUAGGCUUGGUUGGACCAGUCAUCGUCACAGCAAAGGUGUUUAUGCAGACUCUAUGGAGCCUCAAAUCCGACGACGGCAAGGCGUGGGGAUGGGAUCAACCAUUGCCACCUUCUCUAGCUACAUACUGGCAAGACUACUACUCGCAGCUGCCACUUCUGGAGCAGCUUCGAAUUCCUCGCUGUGUCGUGCUGCCACAUUUCGAUUCAAUCCAACUGCAUCUGUUCUCUGACGCUUCGGAACAGGCCUAUGGGGCUUGUGCAUAUUUUCGAUCAACGGACCCCUCUGGUGCUGUUUCAGUCGGCCUGGUUACUGCCAAAUCGAAGGUGGCUCCACUGAAAAGGCGCAGCAUUCCUCGGCUUGAACUUUGCGGAGCACUCGAAGCCGCCCAGCUAUACCAAAAAAUCUCCUCAGCCUUCGGUCGGAAAUUUCAAACGUUUUUCUGGGUCGAUUCAACAACGGUGCUUGCUUGGCUAAAGGCGAGUCCAUCAGUUUGGACAACAUUUGUCGCUAACCGGGUCUCCAAGAUCCAACUUGCGACGGACGGUACCACCUGGAGUCACGUAUCUGGUCAACAAAAUCCAGCCGACCAUCUCUCGAGAGGCAUCGACGCAAAAACAUUGAUUUCCUGCAGACUCUGGUGGCAAGGACCUGAUUGGCUGCGCUCAGAUCAAUUUGUGGAGCAAACAUCACCAUCAUCUUCGUUUGAAACUCAGCUGGAGUUUCGAGCAUCUAAACCCGCUGGACUUAUGACCACCACCACAACAACAUUCCUGGAUUCCUACAUUGAACGGUUUUCGAAGUUUCAAACAAUGCUGCGCGUGACAGCCUUCUGCAUUCGAUUUUGCCACAACGCUCGAAACAAGGAGCCGAAUCGACGGCUCCAUGCUUUCCUAUCGACCACAGAACUCCGGAAAGCCGAAACAGUUCUCAUCCGUUGGGUGCAAGCUCAGGAAUUUCCUGACUAUGUUGCAGCACUUCGAGCGUCCAAGCCAGCGCCCGCUAAAUCAAGACUUCGUUGGUUCACUCCUUUCUUGGAUUCGGAACAGGUGAUGCGGGUAGGAGGAAGAAUCGACCGAUCGCCGCUGAACUAUGAUACCAAGCAUCAAAUCUUACUUCCGUACCAUCAUCGUUUCUCUUCGCUACUGGUUGAGUGUUACCAUGAAAGACAUUUGCAUGCCGCUCCACAACUACUCAUGGGAUUACUCCGUUUAAGGUACUGGAUCAUAGGGGCCAGAAAUUUGGCCAAAUCCAUCGUCCACCGCUGCAUAAUUUGCGUCCGAGCUCGCCCUAAAUUGGUGGAACAAUUUAUGGCAGAGCUCCCGAAGGAACGCAUUGUCGCCACCCGCCCUUUCACUGUUACGGGAAUUGAUUAUUGGGGUCCUAUUCUGCUGAAACCGCCGCAUCGCAGAUCCGCUCCAAUCAAAUCAUUCGUAGCGGUGUUCAUUUGCUUCAGCACCAAGGCUGUGCACAUCGAAUUGGUUUUCGAUCUUACCACAGCCAAAUUUAUUCAGGCCUUGCGACGCUUUGUCGCUCGUCGUGGCCCGCCUUCCGACAUCCAUAGCGAUAAUGGCCGAAAUUUUCUAGGCGCUAAGAACGAGCUUCUUCGACUCCUCCGCAAUCCAGAGCACACCGAAAAGCUGGGAAUCGAAUGUUCGGAUUGCAACAUACGUUGGCACUUCAAUCCGCCAAGAGCAUCCCAUUUCGGUGGAUUGUGGGAAUCCGCUAUUAAUUCCGCUCAAAAGCACUUCAUCCGAGUUGUCCGUGAUCGUCCGCUGGCCUACGACGAUAUGCACACUCUCCUGUGCCAAAUAGAAAGCUGCCUAAAUUCCCGCCCACUCGUUGCAUUGAGUGACGAUCCGACCGACUACGAGCCUCUUACGCCUGGACACUUCCUAGUCGGCACCUCCUUGAAAGCUGUACCAGACGACGAUCUUUCCGAAGUGCAGAUACAUUCCCUGAAGAAGUGGCAACAGACGCAGAAACUAUUCCAGGAUGUUUGGCGACGCUGGCACCUGGAAUAUUUAACAACUUUAUCACCAAGGUCAAAAUGGAUCAACUCACCUGUAACGAUAAAGGAGAAUCAGCUGGUCCUACUCAAGGAAGAAGGAAUUCCACCCAUUCGCUGGCCAACCGCAAGAAUCAGUAAGAUUCAUCCCGGCGAAGACGGAAUCACCAGAGUGGUCACUCUUCAAACUCCCAAAGGGUCCUGCACUCGACCGGUGGCGAAAAUUUGUUUGUUGCCGAUUGCACCACCACCGGAGGAAUCAACUAUCACCGCCGGCGCUGAGCAACCAACAGCACUUCAGAACAAAAUUUUCUUCGCGCAUCACGGACUACGAUUCGAGACGACGGCAGAAAGUAAACAAACAACAUCUACACGCUCCGAGGAAAAACCACAGUUCUACAAUGAUUUCUACGCGAUGGAUGCUGUCAGAAACAGUGUUUCUGAAGGGGCCAAGGUACUUACCAACGAUGAUGAUCCAGAUUCCGUCAAUCCCGAACCGGCCCAGAGACGCAGUCAUCGAGCAGGAGAAGCUUAUCAACGCUACGUGGCUAACGUAGCCGUUGAUGAUGAGGAAGAGCAACUUCAAAUCGUCAGCAAGCUCAAGGGCCAAAGGGACCGGGAGACCACCGUAGCCAUGAAAAAAACGAGAUUCGGGCUGAACGAAUUUUCGAGGCCGAACAUAAGUGCUGCGGUUGGCGUACUAAGCAACUAUCAAGCAGCCCUGAAUGAGAGCGAGAUUUGGGAAGUGGUUAGCUUAACCCAGGUUACAGGAAACCCAUUCUGUUUCUCGUACAAAUGGGUCUUCUGUAAGACAACUAUCGAAAAAGCCCUGGAGAAGUACGCGUCAUGGGAGGCGGUUGGCUUACCCUAG